ACCGCCACCGGCAGUUCGGGCCGCGACCCGAGGCGCGGCGACAGGAGCCUCGCCGAGACGCCUGAGAGAGGGGCCAGCUGGGUGGCGCUGCCCCGCGCGGCGAGCCAGGGAGGCUGCAAGGAAGAGGAGGCGGCGGGGCCAGCAGCCUGCCGCGCGGCGUGGGCGCCCCCGGGAGCGACGCGAGCUCAGAGCCUCCCCGCUUCGCGCCCCCCUCGUGGCCUCCCGGCCGCCUGCGCUCGCGCCCCCCGCUGCCCCCCAGUUGCUAGGGCCGCGGCGGCCCCAGGAGCAGCAUGAAUCUGUGGCGGUGCUUGCAGGCGCUGCUGCUGCUCUGGCUCUCUCUGACCGCCGUGUGUGGAGGACCUCUGAUGCAGCCUUCUGGCCGGAAAGGGUUGCAGGAAGGCAACGUCCGCGCAGCACAGCCCCGAGGGUCGAAGAACGGACCAGGGCCCUGGCAGGGAGCUCGGAGGAAGUUCCGUCGCCAGCGGCCACGCCUCUCCCAUAAGGGCCCCAUGCCUUUCUGAAGCAGGACUGAAGGGGCCCCCAAGUGCCCGCCCCCACUUGAUUCUCUCAACUCCAUAGAUUGGUCUGCUUCUCUGGAACCUUCGUCUAGACGCCGCUCAUCUUGUACCUGUCCUAGCUGCGGAUGGCCCCAGCUCUUCUCACCCACCAGCCUCACAGAAUGGCGUGGCCUGGCCCAUAGAGUCCAGAUGAUUCCUUUUCUCACACAAGGAUUCCUGGAGACCUUCUUCAUGUCUGCAACUGACUUUCAAGUCCCCAUACCCGGAGGAAGGCCACCCUUCUUCUCCCAAGCCACUCCCUGUUCUUUUCUCCGCUGCGUGUAUGGGGAGGGUAUGGGAGGGAUGGAGUCUCCUGUCUUUGGAGGGCUCCUCUAGAUCCAGCCUAGCCUGUCAGUGUGACCCUGUGCCUGGUCUCAGAGGGAACUGCCGCCAUAAGCGGUGGGAGAUUGAUUAUCGGGACUGGGGUAUUGGGGUGCAGUCUGGGUGUUUUGGGAUCUAUUGGAAUGGGGGCUUUGCACUGUGGGGAGGGGAGGGGUGAAGCAAUGGAAAAGAAGAGGAAGAAGCGCUGCUGAGGCCUCUUUCUCAUUCCCCUUGUGGAAGAGGCAUAGGAGAGGCCCUGGAGGACUGUUACUUCUCUUACCUCACUGUGUGUCUCCUGAUACUCCCCUCGCUCACACUACCCGCCCCCACCACUUCUAGUUGCAAGCAUGGCUCAGGAGGAGGGGAGGGUGUUGGGUCUGAAGGGGCUCUGUACCCUCUCAGGGGCAAAAGCCAAGCAGGAGGAUUGUUUUUGCCAAGAAUCACAGAGUCUCAGAGCCAAAAGGAACCUUGGAGAGCACUUAGCCCUGCCUCCUUAGGCAAACUCCUGUGGAGAGAGGCCUGGAGAGGGAUAGUGACCAGCUCAGGGUCACUAAAGAGCCUGAAGGAGGACCCAAGCCUCCCAGCUGCCACUUGAUGAUCUCUUCCCUCUUGAUGAUGCCUUUUCCCAACAUAUUAAGUGCCUUUUCCCCCGAGCUUGGGGUUGGGAAUGACUGGGGAACACUAGACAAGCUGGCUGUGUACCGCCUCAUGGUAGGGGAGGGGCCACCUUAUUGCCACCUCCUUGGCCUGCCUCUCCGCUGAUCCAUUCCCUGACCUGACUGGAAAGUUCUAGAACUGACCAGUGCUGCCCCCCGCCUCCACUUCUUGCAGCGCUUCCAGAAGCCGGGUAUUUUCACAGGCCUCAGUUCCUGGUUUGGAGGAGCCAGGAGGAGCCUUCCUUUCACCUUGACUGCACCUGUUUUCCCAGUCUCCUUUCUUUGGGGGCAGGAAGAGGAAUGAAGUCAAGGAGAGAAGGAAGGCAGGGCAGGCGGGAAAAGAGGAAGGAAAGGAAGGGAGAGAGGGCAGAAGAAAGGAAAAAGGAAAGCUGAGAGAAAGUGUUGGUCUGAGCAGGCUUCCUACUCAGAGACCUUCCAGAACAGAGAAAGGGGAACCCAAGCGCCAGAUGGCCAUCUAUUUAUAAGUGGGGCCUGGGGGGGUCAGGGCCCCUUGAGUCCCACUGCACCCCAACAUUUGCCUACCUGCCUCUGCCCUUCCCUCUGCUGCUGCUAAUGCUACUGCUCUUGCUGCUGGUGCUGCGGACACCCACCUCCCACACCCCUCAGACUCCAGUGGGGGCUGGCCAGUGUCCAGAAAAGCCUUUUUUCACCACUGAUGUCUCUGCCAGGGACUGGGCCCUUUCUCCCCCCCCUUCUCCUCUCUGCAUCUCUUGCCUCGUCAUCCCGCCCAACCCCACGGGAAGGGGGAAAGAGGACAAAGGGGAUGGCCAGGACACAGGGCAGAGGAGGCCAGUAGGUGGGCUGUUUUAUUUAAAGUGGUUGUGUAUGAUUUUUAUUCUAAUUUAUACAAAGAUAGUAAGGCCCCUUUCAGUAAAAAAAGUGAAAUGUGUCCCCUUCCCAUAAUUGUGUUCACUGUGUUUGUGAAGGUUGUUCUGUGUAAAUAUGUCUUUAUAAUAAAGAAUUGAAAGCUGACAAUUCACCCUUACUCUUGGAGGUCAUGUUCAGCUAUCCCCUGAGACCCAAGAUUGUCCCCAUGUCCACAUAGGACACGUGCAGGGGGUUAAGUGCCCACAUCCCCACUUGGUUCCAGAUCAAACAGCCUCAAACCAACUAGGCACAAACUCAUAAAAGCAAUCUCUAUGCCUCGCAGAAGGCUCACAUAAAAUGCAGUUCACUUGGAGGUGUGCGGCAUCAGUUUGGGUGUCCUCAUGUUUGCGGGCCAUGUUAUUUCAAGAAUUUUAAAAAGGCAACUCUGUAAAGAGCAUCCUGGUUAAAGGUGGGAUUUCAACAAAAACUUGUUUCAUCUCUUUGGCGGGUGUCUUCUACUUUUAUCUACUCUGAAACACUUUCAGGACUUUUUUUUAGCCAGUUUGCCUUUCUCGAAACCUGUUAUGUUUCCUACAAUAAAUACAUUUGGCCAUGGCUUUGUAUGUACCAUUCUAUGUUUCACAACAUUGAGUUGCUUGAUGAAUGAGAUAUCCUGAAAAAUAAAAUACAAGGAAUUCAAUACA